AAACCAACCACUAAACUCAGGCUCUAGACGCCUCUCAUUAAAUAUUGUUUGGUUGCAUACGCACCCACACAUAUAUACACACGCAUAAACAUACCCAGCUGAGCUCCAUAUUUGUGGUGUGAAAGUUUGGUUUUCAACUUCAAUGGCGGUUAAACCAGUUUGUGCGGCAAGUUUCGUCUUCGCUUUGGGUCUGAUGUUAAGUAUUCUUCAGCCCUCUACAUGUCAAAAUGUGAAGGGGAAGGUCUCUUGCCUUGACUGCACCCGCCCUUACGACUUCUCAGGUAUUAUGGUUGGAGUGAAGUGCGACGGGGUGAGGAAAAUAAGCAGAGUAAGUACAGAAGAAAACGGUGCGUUUGAGGUUGAGCUUCCCUCAGAUUCAUUCAAUAAAUUGAACUGCAUGGCCAAGUUACUCGGGGGUCCAAAUCAGCUCUACGCUUCAAGACAAACUAUGACGUCAAAGCUGAUCCAAACACACGGUGAGCGUAGCGUCACAAUCUCCACUCCACUUGCCUUCUCCACCGGGUGUCCUAAAUGCAGAGGCAACGGCGUAGACUCAUCCAAGACCGUUGAUCUGCCUCUGCCAAAAGAGUGGGGACUCGCACCUUCUAGCUAUUAUUUUCCCUUCUUCCCAAUUAUUGGUAUUCCUUGAAGUCACUUUCCCUUACUCUGCUAUACCCAAUAUAUAGAAAUGCAUAUAUAUAUAUAUAUAUAUAUACACAGAUAUGAAGCAGAAGGGUACGUACGAACUGAUAGGUGUUCCCGCUGUAUCAUGUACUAGUCUAUACGAGUGUUUGCAUGUUUGUGUGUUUAAACUUUGAAGAGUGCAUUUAAGUAGGUUUCUUGUAUUGAAUAUUUUCAUAUGUAUGUGUAUGUGUAAGCAAAUGUUUCUAUUAAUAGUUGUGUGAGCUGUUUAUAUAAA